AUCCACGGGCCAGAAGAGAAAGAAAAUGACAGUAAUCGCGGUUGCUUAGUUGCUUGGCUUCGUGAACAUCGGCUACUUGCCUUCGCCAAACACUUCCGUCGCUUAGUUGGUUGCCUUGGUCGAACACCACCGUUGCUCAAUUGGUUGCCUUCGCCGAACACCACCGCCUGCCCUCGUCCUGGACCGGUUGACUCAUUUGACACCUCUAGUGAACAUCUGGCUCACUUUGACACCCUAGUGAACAUCGGAAUUGUUGUCUAGAUAGAUUGUUAGGUGACUUGUUUGUGCCCAAUUAGGAGUAACAAGAUGCCUCCUUACGAUUGUAUGUUUCUGUUUAAACCUCAUAUCGCGAAAGAAGCUAUUUUGGAUUUAGUUGUAAGGGUGGGAAAACAUGUGUCCGGAAGAAAUGGGGUUGUCACUGAUGUUAAGAAUCUCGGAAUCGUUCAAUUGGGAUAUGGUGUGAAGAAGCUGGAUGGCAGAUAUUAUCAGGGGACGCUGAUGCAAAUGAGCAUGAUGGCUACACCUGGAAUCAACAAAGAGUUGCAUUACCUAAACAAAGAAGACCGGUUAUUGCGUUGGCUUUUGGUCAAGCAACGUAACACAAAAUCUGGGCUUGAGGUUCUUGAGGAUGAAGGUAGGUGGGAGCUAAGCAAAUUUUCCCAAAUCAGUAAAGAUGAUGAAGAGGAUGAAGAUGAUGACGAUGAGGAGUACCAAAUUGAGGAAGAAGAAACAAAGUAAACCAAAAGACAGCUGAAUAUUUUGUUUGCUUCCAUAAAAUCAGUUUGCAUUGUAUUUUCAGUGUCAAACAUGUGCUUCCAUACAGAUUUUGUGAUGACUCAUGAUUUAUAACGGUGAAAGACUUUGAAUGAAUUGAUUAACUUUUCAAA